AGGUCGGCGUGGCUCGGGCUCAAGGGGGGGGGGCGCGCUCGUCGGGACGCGGUGCCCGUCCUCGCCCGCAAGAGCGCGGGCAUGGCCCCGAUGUCCCUCGCGGCCUGGUGGGAGGCUGACCUGCGUGCUCGCUCGGCCCUGGCUCUGCUGGCCUUGGACCCUGGCUGGCGUCGGCAACCUGCCCGGCCUGCACACUUUGUGGCAACCUGGGACCCUCGUCGCCAUUCUCCUCCAGGCGCCCUGGUCUCGGCCGCGGCGAACCUGCGGGAGAACCACGUCGUCCUUUGCCUCUGGCACUGCGCGCACGGGAGCGCCUUCACACUCGUCGAGCGCGUACUCUGUCUGAGCUGCGCCUGCGCCUGCGCCUGGUACGGCGUUUACAUCAAGUACUUCUACCUGAAGCACUGGGUCCCAAUCGCAACCGAUGAGAUGCUCGACGAGCUCAACAUCGAGUUCCCGAGCACGUGGAUGGAGGAUCACUUUGAUUCGCUGCUCAUCGCCGUGGGGGCCGGCGCCAUGGACAUCAUUCUUGGCAAGGAGGCGGUACGUGCGGUGUUACGGAAGGAUUGGGACCAGAAAGGCGGCGUCAAAGGGUUCUUGUCGUUCUUGGCGAGUGCCUAUGCCGCAGUGCUCACACUGGUCUCGGGGGUACAUCUCGCGAUCACGUUGUAUAAUGCAAAGGUGUCGAUGCAGCUCAAGCUGAUUGCCAAGCUGGCAUGCACGCUGCUCGUCAAGCUGUGCGUCAUCGAGAACGCAAUGAUCACGGCCAAAACCGUCUUGAGGGCGGGGCCAGAGAAAAGCAAGGACGCGUGAGACGUAUCACAGCUGCGCAGGUCGCAAGAUGCGUCCCUCGUCUGCCCGGCACGGCACCGGGCCCCCCCCCCUUCUGGAGAUCCCACAGCGGUGGUCAAGUUUCUGACCCCCUUUUCAAUCCGUCUGGCUGCACGUCUGGGGCCCGCGCAGAGUUUGCCUCGGAUUCUGACCGCCAGGUUUAUGAGGCCGCAGCUGUACUUUGGUCUCCGCUGUGCGCCUGGUGCUCCCGGGGGCGUAGCGCUUCGGUCUGCCGAGCACAGUGGGCGCCGCUCGAGCGUCAGCCCCCGUUUUCUUGAGGCCAAACACGAGAGGGGCCGGCAUCUUCCUUGCGGCAGCCUCCGCUGCGGAAGGAUGGGGAAGGAGGGGGAUCAGGCAAGCUUAAGAUGAUCG